AAGAUGGAAAAAAUUAUUGAAGGUUUGAAUUUGGUGCUACUGGGGAAGACAGGAGCAGGAAAAAGUGCUGCAGGAAACACAAUACUGGGACGACCGGCUUUCAAAUCAGAGAAAAGUCCUAAAUCUGUCACACAAGAUGUUGAUUUUCAAUCUGGGACUGUCUGUGGGCUUCCAGUCACUGUUUAUGACACACCAGGAUUCUGUGACACCGAGCUGGACGAGCACAAGAUACAGCAGAAAUAUCAGAGUAUUUUACAGAAAUGCAAUUCAGAGCUUUCUGCGUUUUUCCUCGUCAUUAAAGCAGACAGAUUCACCGAAGAAGAGAGAAAAACUGUGGAGAAGAUUGAGAAGCUUUUGGGACAAAACCGCUUGGAAAAAACCUGGCUUCUCUUCACCAGAGGAGACGAACUGGAGGAUGAAAAAACCGCAGAUAAACACACAAUCAUCCUCUUCACCCAUGGUGAUGAACUGACCGGCACUAUUGAAGAAUACAUGAGUAAGGCUGGUGAGAACCUGAAAGAAAUCCUGAGGCGCUGUGGGGGACGAUAUCAUGUGUUCAAUAAUAAAGACAUGGAGGAUCGUAUUCAAGUUCUGGAGCUCCUGGAGAAAGUAGAUGGCAUGAUCGCUGCUACUGGAGGUGGAUUUUACACCAGUGAGUCUUACCAGGGUGUGGAGCUCAUGCUGAAAGCUAAAGAAGAGGAGCUGAAGCAACACUAUGAGAAGAAACUACAAGAAAAAGAGAGGGAACUAGAGUCCAGAUUUACUGAAGAAAAGGGGAGAUUACAGCAGAUGAUUGAAGCUCUAACAGCAUCAGAGCAGGAGAAAGAAGAAAAGAUACAAGAGCUAAAAAGAAUAAAUUGGAGGAACAUGUGUAAAAUGAUGGAGUACAAACGAUAUUAUGAAACCAAACUCAGAGAGGCCAGACAGGAGGCAGAACUG